AUGUCUAGUGUUUCACCACAAAUACCUAUCAAUACCAAUAAUAGUAGUUCAACUAAAACAAAUGUAAAAUCAUCAUCAACCGUAAACAAUAGUAAUAUCGAUAGUAAGGAACCAUCUAAUUAUCAAGUGAUCACUGGUUUCCUUUCAGGUAGUUUGGCAUCAAUGGUUGCUACAACAUUUACAAAUCCUAUAGAGUUGGUGAAAACAAGAUUACAACUACAGGGAGAACUAAAGAUGUCGGCCAGAGUCUACACGGGAAUCGGUGAUGCUUUCAUUAAGAUUUGGAAGGCCGAAGGACUGAUAGGAAUGCAACGUGGUCUAUUCCCAGCUUAUCUUUCACAGGGUACUCUUAACGGUUGCAGACUUGGCUCGUACGAUGCCAUCAAGCGAUUGAUCGGCGCCGAUCCAGAGAAGGAAAAUUACUUUAUCAAGAACUUGGCGGCAGGUGCGUUGGCCGGUGCAUUCGGAGCAUCGAUGGGAUCACCUUUCGACCUGGUAAAAGUUAGAAUGCAAGCUGCAAGGAUGUUCCCUAACGAUCCACAAUUCAGUAACUACACAUCGACAUCCAGAGCGUUUGCUCAGAUCAUAAGAACCGAAGGUUUUAGAGGUUUAACAAGAGGUAUGGCUACAUCUGCACAGAGAACAGCAGUUGGAUCAUCGAUACAGCUAUCUACCUAUUUCGAGACGAAACGAUUCAUUAUCAAUAAAACUGGAAUGGAAGACGAUAUCUAUGCACAUUUGUUAUCUAGUUUGGUAGCAGGUUUGUUUGUAACGGUGGGAAUGAAUCCAUUCGAUGUAGCAAGAACCAGACUCUACUACCAAGGUCAAGGAAACACUCAUGGUGAGAAGUACAAGAGUCUAAUGGAUUGUAUUUAUAAAACUGUCAAAGUUGAAGGAUUUUUCGCAUUAUAUAAAGGAUUUUUAGCUCAUUAUCUGAGAUUAGGUCCACAUACAAUAUUUACAUUAGUGUUUUGGGAACAAUUCAAGAUGGUAUUUGCCAAGUUUGAAAAUAAAUUCAAUUAA